GUGCUCGAGUGGAACCGCCGCUACCUCACAGUGCUCGCAGUGGCCAACAGACGCCUCUACCAGCUGCGCCUGCAGGUGCCCGAGAGGCUUCUGGAUUCCGAACGGCCUGUGCUGCGGCAAGUCAUGGACUCUUUCCGCGUCUUCAGCGUUGCCGAAUAG